AUGGCCGGUUUUCAAGCCACCUUUGCGGCCGAGAGGGCCGCACUAAAGGAGGAGCUCGCAACUGUGCAUCGCCAGCUCCAGCAGCUGCGCGAAGAGCUGCGAGCUAUCAAGAAACAGCCACCGGUUCCCGCCGCCGCCCCUCCUGUGAGUCGACCGGUGGGGGUCGACGCGGCCACGCAGGCAACCGACGCCAAGUCCCCCGCAGCAACGCGGGAGGCGGCGCCAAUGGAUACCGACGACGUGACCUCGACAACAGUAGCUGCGAUGAUGUUGCGCCUCCUCCUCGCUGUCCUGUGUCUGGUGUCUUGUGGCCUGGCCGCCCCCCGGCCGGUCAGGGUCAGGGCCAGAGGGGACGGCCGGAUAAUCGGCGGCACCUUCACCGACAUCGCCAGCUACCCGUGGAUGGUCUCCAUGCAGAUCAACGGCCUCCAUUAUUGCGGGGCGUCCGUCAUCAGCAGCAACUGGGUGCUGACCGCCGGCCACUGCCUCUAUGGUGCCAACAUCGCCACCUACAGUGUGAGGGCCGGCACCACGACACGCGAGAGCGGCGGCGUCGUGUCCGCCGUGGCGUACGGUGUUCUGCACGGCUACUACGACCCCAACACGAUUGACUACGACAUCUCGGUGCUGCAGGCAGCCACUCCUCUGCCCAUCGGUGGCAACAUACAGAUCGUGGGUCUCCCUGCCCAAGGCUACGACCCACCAGGCGGGCUCGCAGUCACCAUCACUGGCUGGGGAGGCACAGCCUCCACGGGGCCGCCGGCGCCGCCCACGAUGAUGAAGGUGGACAUCACCGUCAUCGACCGCGCCAGCUGCGUGGCCAGGUUUGGCGUCACCGACCGCAUGAUCUGCGCCGGCGAGGCCGGCAAGAGCACCUGCUAUGGCGACUCCGGCGGUCCGCUCGUUAGUGGCAGCACUCAGGUCGGCAUCGUCUCGUGGGGAAGGCAACAGUGCGAGUCCGAUGGAGGCGUCUACGCUAACGUCGGCAACCUCCGGUCCUGGAUCACGGCUGCCGCUGGCGUCUGAUCAAGUUCUCUCAUUCUAUACAAAUUAAUGAACAGGUUGCAAAAUAAUCGGUUGUCAUAUACACUCGGAGGUUCUCAAAUUAUAGUCUUGUAUCAAAUAUGUCUAACGGUGUACAUCAAGCAUCACUAGCAUCAAAUAAAGGAUAUUAUCUUUAACUUGGAAAAUA